UGACAAUCUACCAAAAUGUCUUCAGUGGAAAGAAUAAUUGAGUUUUUACCUAACGAAUAUGGAUAUGUAAUAUUAGUAGGAUGUCUCAGUGUAGCUGUUAACAUGUGGAUGGCCUUUAAAGUUGGUGCUGCUAGAAAGAAGUAUGGUGUUGAGUACCCCAAACUUUACAGUGAUAACAAUGAUACAUUCAACUGUAUUCAAAGAGCUCAUCAAAACACAUUAGAAGGAUACCCUCAGUUUUUGUUCUUGUUAUUUGUGGGUGGUUUAAACAAUCCUAUAUGGGUAGCUGGACUAGGUGUAAUUUAUCUACUUGGUAGAAUUGCCUAUGCUCUUGGAUACCAUACUGGAGACCCAGAAAAAAGAAAAUUAGGCGCCCUACCAAUGCUUAUUUCAUUCAUCCUAAUGUUGGGUAAUUGUGCUCAAUUAGGAUACAGAAUGGUACAGAAUUAACAGAUGCUAAGUUAAAAGAUUUGUUUCUGUUUAUUUUAAAAGACUUAUAGCUUGUAAUUUAGAACUGAUUUAUAUUAAAUAUUUUUAUAUACAGA